AUGGACAUUUAUCACAAAAUCUUCCUCGUCGCGAGAAGGGAGCAGCUCCACCAGGCGCCCAUCACUCCCAAUUGGGACACUCCACGAAUACUCGACUUGGGAUGCGGGACAGGGAUCUGGGCUAUCGACAUGGCGGACAAAUAUCUCGACGCGGAGGUCGUUGGAUUAGACCUAGUCAACAUACAGCCAGAGAAAAUACCACCAAACCUCCGGUUCCGAGUUCCACGCGACUACGAGAGCCCAUGGAGCCUCGGUGAGGACUCUUGGGAUUUGAUUCAUCUGCGCAUGGCCAGUGGCAGUGUCUCAAGCUGGCCAGAGCUAUACCAGAAGAUCUUUACACACCUCAAACCAGGUUACGGGUGGAUCGAGCAGAUCGAAAUCGACCUUCAGCCACGAUGUGACGACGGAACUCUUCCACAGGAAAACGUAAUCAGUCAAUGGUACAACUACCUCGCUGAGGCCACGCGACGGGUAGCUCGACCCAUCGAAUAUCAGCACAACACACGGCAGAUGCUGCAGGCGGCAGGCUUCAUUGACAUCCAAGAGAUGAUUAUAAGGGCCCCGUACAACUCGUGGCCCGCAGACCCGCACCAGAAAGAGAUUGGACGAUGGUACAACUUGGGCAUCACUGAGGGAUUGGAGGCUCUCAGCUUAGCGCCCUUCACAAGAGUAAACCACUGGGACGCGGCACAACACGUGAAGCCGCUGUUGGACGCUGUCAAACGGCAAAUAUGCCAGAGGAAAGUCCACGCAUACAACAACAUGUAA